AUGAACAUUCGACAGAAUCUCUUUGGGCAGGGCCCGAAAGCUGGGAGGGAACAAGCGGGGUACGGACGACCACCUCAACCUCCUCCACGAGAUGACACACCUAUGGCUGGUGUAUAUGACGAUCGAGCAGGCUAUGGUGACGCAAGAGGAGGAUAUGGAUCUCCUGCGCCGCCUCCAAGACAGUCACAGCCUAUGCCUUCGAGACCGCCAGUUGGAAGGGGAAUGGCGUCCCCUGCAAGAAAGGUGCAAUUGAGGAUUGCAAAGGUAGAAGACAAGACGCUGGCGAAUCAGUAUAUCUUUGGCAAUCUAUGCGCUGUAUCGCCUCAAGACUUUCCCCCAUCGCGAGACGGCUCGGAUAUCUACAUACUUCUCAAUGGACGGUACGUCGUAACGGCUAGACCUACCAACUCGUUCCCUCCAGGAUGCAUAAGUCUUUCGGAUCCUCAACGGACGUGGUGCGAUGUUGGAAUGAUGGAUCCCAUAGUUGCCGAAUCAUUCGACCCAUUCUCGCAAGGCCCAAGCACAUACCUCGGAAAUCUCGAUGUUGAAGUAGGAUUUGCCUCUGUGAAGAAGGUCACCGACCAACCUUUUGAUCAAGAUAUCCUGGCCGAUGCAUUUAUCAAGAAUUUCGAGAAUCAGAUCUUCUCCCCAGGGCAGAGGCUUUUGAUGGAUUGGAAGAAUAUCCCCUUAAUGUUCAUGGUCAAGACAGUUCAGCUGGUUGAUCUGAGCAUGGAGAAAUCAUCAGCGGCUGCGCCAACCGUAUCGAGUCCUUCGGCUAGAGGCAUUCUAACUAGACAUACACCUAUUACAUUCUACAAGGAUGCAAAGUCACCCAUCAAGCUCAAGGGAUCUGCGAAGCGGCCGGCCGCUAACUCGAUCAUUGCUCCGGAUUUCAAGUUUGAGGACAUGGGAAUCGGUGGUCUCGAUAAGGAAUUUAGUUCCAUCUUCCGAAGAGCCUUUGCUUCUCGUAUUUUCCCUCCUGGCUUGAUCGAGAAAUUGGGUAUUCAGCACGUGAAAGGCAUCCUGCUUUUUGGACCACCUGGGACAGGAAAGACGCUCAUCGCACGCCAGAUCGGAAAGAUGCUUAACUCAAGAGAGCCGAAGGUCAUCAAUGGUCCUGAGGUCUUGAAUAAGUAUGUCGGUCAGUCAGAAGAGAACAUUAGGAAACUAUUUGCCGAUGCAGAGAAGGAGUAUAAGGAGAAAGGAGACGAAAGUGGUCUCCACAUCAUCAUUUUCGAUGAAUUGGAUGCUGUGUGUAAGCAAAGAGGCAGUGGAGCUGGUGGUGGAACUGGUGUUGGGGACAGUGUUGUCAACCAGUUGCUCUCCAAGUUGGAUGGUGUUGACCAGCUCAACAAUAUCUUGCUUAUUGGAAUGACCAAUCGAAUGGAUAUGAUAGAUGAUGCUCUUCUGCGUCCAGGACGUUUGGAGGUUCAUAUGGAGAUUUCUUUGCCGGACGAGGAUGGCAGAGCUCAAAUCCUCAAGAUUCACACAUCCAAGAUGUUGGCUAACAACGUUAUGGACCACGAUGUCAAUGUUGCUGAGCUAGCUCAUCUCACGAAGAACUUCUCAGGAGCAGAAAUUGGCGGUCUUGUCAAAUCGGCGUCGUCAUUUGCCUUCAAUCGCCACGUAAAGGUUGGCACGGUGGCUGGUGUGAGUGAUGACAUCGAGAACAUGAAGGUCAAUAGAGCGGACUUUUUCAAUGCUCUUGAUGAAGUCAAGGCUGCGUUUGGUGUUUCCGAAGAGGAACUUGAGACAGCUAUGACUGCAGGUAUCCUCCACUACAGUCCAUAUAUCGAAAACAUCCUCAAGGAUGGACGGCUAUUUGUUGAUCUCGUCAAGAACUCGGCUACGACAUCCCUUCUGUCAGUCCUACUUCACGGUCCACCUGGCUCAGGAAAGACAGCGCUUGCAGCCAAGAUUGCGAAAGAUUCCGAUUUCCCGUUCAUCAAGCUUGUGUCAGCCGAAAACAUGGUUGGCUUCAGUGACGCAGCUAAGAUCCAGUACCUCAGUAAAGUCUUCACAGACGCAUACAAGUCGCCUCAGAAUAUUGUUGUGAUAGACAACAUUGAGCGUAUCAUCGAGUGGGUACCUAUUGGGCCAAGAUUCUCGAAUCCAGUUCUUCAAGCUUUGAUGGUGCUACUCACCAAGCAACCUCCUGCCGGUCGUCGUCUCCUCAUCAUAGGAACCACCUCUCAACGUUCUAUCAUGCGCCAACUCGACCUCCAACAAAUAUUUAAUCGCGAACUUGCAGUCCCUAAUAUCAACACGCAUGCAGAACUCGCCGCGGUACUACGCGAAGUGAAUGCCUUUGACAGCGAAUCCGACAUCGCAGAGUCGCUGAACGAGCUGAGAGACAUCACCGGCUCGGACCAGGUUGGUGUCGGUAUCAAGAAGGUGCUGCUCGCCGUUGGAGAGGCGAAGCAGGAAGAAGGAAAUACAGCAGGCAGGUUUGCUGAGGUUGUCGCUCAGCAGAUGGCUUCUAGUCGCGAGUAG